AUGGAUGACAAGGAAAACACAACCUUCGACUGCGACAUUUUGAUAUGUGGCAGUAGCCUACAGAACACUUUGCUGGCAGCCUACUUUUCCAUUAACAACUACAAAGUGAUAAAUAUUGACAAAAAUCCAUUCUAUGGUGAUGUGAACUGUUCCUUAAAUUUCAACCAAUUUCAAGAUGAAAAAUGUCGGUUCAAGAAUUUUUACGACGAAUAUUUUCCUUUAUCACCCAGAAGAAAUGGUAACGACGUAGAAAGAAUACAAAAUCUCAAACAAAUAGUUCACAGUUAUUUCCAAAUAAAUAAUAACAAAUUUAAUAUAGAUCUUAACCCCAAAAUUUUAUACAACGACAGCAACAUCGAGGAAUUGUUGAUUACGUUAAAAGCACAUAUAUACAUUACUUUUGUGGGAGUGCAAUACUUUUACAUGACCUACCAUAAGGCUAGCUACAACACAUUGGUAGAACAAACAGAUAUGCACAAUGUAAAAAUUCCAGGAAAUGCCCCCCAAAAUAUAUGCGCGAAUAAAGGGGUACACAUACCCAACACAACUCAUAUACAGAACCUGAAGAAUAGUAGUAAUAAUAAUAAUCAUGAGGACGAAAACGAUUUAAUUGUGUUAAAAAUUCCUCUAAACAAGACGCAGGUCUUCCUUGACAAAAACCUGAGUCUCAUUGAAAAAAGAAUGAUCAUGAAUUUUAUUCACAAGAAUAUUAUUCACGAUAAGAAUUACACCUUCUCCAAUCUUUCCAAUUACAAUUUUGUAAAGAAGGCAAAUGUAACGGAACAGGUGGUUACACUACAGAGUAGCAUUCUCACAGUCACCAAAAAUAAUUGGGGAGAUUCAGACAGGUACGAUCUUCCUGGGGACAAGAAAAGUGAAAAUCAAAUUGGAAACAUCCCACGCGAGAGAGAGGAAUCAGAAAAUAUACCGCAGGCAAAUCAUGCUGACCGUGCCAACCAUGACAACCACAACAACCAUGACAACCAUGACAACCGCCAACACAACCCACACAACCAUGCCAAUUGCGCGGACCACCCCGAAGAAAACGCAAAUGCCAGAAUUGAGGAUUACCUCCAAUCGUACAACAUCUCAGGAAAACUCACAGACUACGUCAUGUACGGAAUAGGUCUCUUCGAUCUAGAAAUGGAGCACUGCAAUAAUAGUGACAUUCCCGAAUAUUACCUGACCGGAUAUACCAAAGCUAAACGCUUUAUUAUAAAUAAAAUGGAGUUUCUCAAACGGCUACAUAUUUUAGUCAACUCAUUAAAUAAAUUCAAACACCAAAACCUGUGCGAUAGUGCUUUUAUCUAUCCGUCCUAUGGGCAGAACGACAUUAUCUAUGCCAUAUCACGAGUGGCUUGUCUAAACAAUUCCGUUUACAUGAUUAACAGAAAAAUAGACGACAUAAUUUUUUCUCCUUUCUGUGAUUACGGAGAGGAAAUUAUAAAGAAUGAUAAUAUGGCUCCCUUGUCUAACUCCGUAAAAAUAGACUCAAUCGUACUAGACAAUGGACAUAUAAUUAGACCAAAAUUUGUUAUAUCAUCCGGGUCUAAUAUAAAUUUCUACGAAAUGAAGAAACACCUUUUUUGCAAAAAAAAUAGUAAAAAGGUGAAAACGCUUAUCAAAACAAAUAGGCUCGUUGUCCUAAGUACCUAUUCACUUAUUGGAAAAAAUGGCUUAUCCUUUUAUAUACACAAACAUCCAAAAUUAGGGCACCCAGAAAAAAGGAAGAUAAAUAAUUUGACAAAUUCUGUACAUAUUUUACAGUUAGAUUAUAAUAGUGGGAGCUGUCCCCCGGGUUUUUUCUUGACAUACUUUACCUACCUAGAAAUUGUGAAGGAGCCAAUUGAAUCUACAGGCAUUCCAAACAAUUUGAAGGAGGAAAAGGCAGACGGUCACAAUUCUGUAAAAAACAAACACACCCCAAUUGAUCAUAAAUCACCAGGUUUCUACUUCCUAUUUGAUGUUUUAAAAUUGUUUGUUAAAAAACACAAGGACAGUAGUAUCCCACCUGCAGAUUUCCACUUACCUGUCAAUAUUCCCUUUAAUGAAAAUUUCCACAGCGAACUUGUGAAAUUUCUCAGGAUCCAGGAAACAGAGGAGCGGUCUCAGUCAGGGAAAACUGAGAAAAGAGAAUCCCCUAAUGAAGAAAAUGCAAAAAUAGUGGAACAAACAAAUGAUCUCCCCUUAAGGGAAAAUACCCCCAAUGGCGAACACAAACUGAAUUGCCACAAUGAGGAACAGGCACCGGGAGACCAGAAGGGGGAAGGCACGACAGGCCAAGAGAAAACCAAACGUUCCAACGUCGAAAGAGAAUCCUUCGUAAAAACAUUUAACGAUUUAUUAAUCAAAGAAGGAGUUAUUUAUUGCGCAUACUAUGAAUAUGAACCAACAGUGUACAGGAAGGACACUGUCAAAAUGAUUAACCAAAAUGCACAACACUACAAAAAGAUAUUCGAGAGUAUUGAAGAGAAGAUUAAGGAAGAGCAAGCACAUAUUCGCCAGGAUGAAGCGAACGAAUUGGAUAAGGCCAAUCCAAGUGAGAGCGACUGUUGCAACACCGUUGACAGUGGACAACACGUUAUUAAUAGUGAUUUAACUGGAAAAAAAAAUAACCAACGUGAAAAACACAAUCAUGAAGACAAGAACACUUACACCCCUUCCCACAGUUAUAAGCGUAUCGAGCUGGAAGAGAACAAACAUAUUUGCAACUUACUUUUUACAAACGAUACGCACAACUAUCCGAUAUACCCCUUGGUUGAAGACGUAUCUACAUUCUUUUACAUUAUUAACAAAAUACAUAGAACGUUUAUUUCUUCUAAUGGUAGCCAAACCAUAUAUGAUAACUUUGGUGAUAAAAUUAAGAUGCUUUUUAGCGAUAUCAACAUGUCUACUUGA